AUGUCGAUUACAAAGAUUGAACAAGAGGCCAAUGAGAUCAUCGCCUACAAAGGUGAUACCCCUAGUAGCCACCCGUUCCUGAAACUCGCCGACGAUGUGUUUCCUGACGAAGCCACCAAACACGCGCUGCUUUGCUUCAGCUCGCAGUUCCUGCCCAUGGCGUAUAUGCAUCCGUUGCUCAAAAAGCUCCUCAAGAAACAAAAGAUUGACAUCCACGAAGUCAUGGUAAAGAUCAAGGCAGCACCACGAACCAUCGUUGUCCUUGCGGAAGACGGUACAGAAAGCAGCAAGAACUGGCCCGUACACGGCCUUGUACUAUUACGAAUCACCUCCCAGCGAAACGGAAAGCGGUGGUAUACCAACCUGUCUGGUGCCGAGUUCGGGCUCACGCAAGCAAUCUUUUCCGCUGCCGACUUCGAAUCCAAGCAUGUGCAGGCGCUUUGUGCAGUCUUCAACUUUGGUAGAUGUAGGGAUUAUGUCCAAGCUUGUUCAGCUCUGGCGGGUUGCUAUUCUCACACCCAGCGAAUCGGACUCCGUGCGUCAUCACGGAUGGAAAAAGCAUUACUUGCUUUCAUGCAGAAGCCUGGAAAUGACCUAGUCAGUCUUCGUCAUUCGAAGGAUACUACCGAAUCAGCAAGCUGGCAUCAAUCAUUGGCUGAGGCUUUAUCUAAGGCUGUUGGUGAGUAUAUCUCAAACUACGACGCCAGUCCACUCAUGUAUCAAAUCACCAAUGAGUCAGAGGAAACGACGCGUAACACCAUGGCGGAGCAUAUUGAUCACGCUAGCAUCCUUGGCGAUGCUAUGACGGACGAGGAGAAAGCGAACCGCCCUAACGUAGCUUUGGAUCUGGCUCAAAUGAUGCAACAACAUGGAGGCCCGGGAGCAAACAUGGUGGCAGACGUUUUUAAGUCUCUUAGGUAG